GCACAUGUUCACUUCUCCAUCUAAACAAAAAAGUUUGUGGGAAAUUUCAAAACGAUGCAUCAGUUCCAACGAAGUUGCUCAGGCUCUCAGGCCUUUCCUCUUUUUAGUACACCCGGAUAAAUAUGCGAAAUUCCCAGAGAUUCAAACACAAAACGAGAAAUCUUUGCAAAUCUUUAACGGAUACAUGAAUGACCUGUUUCCCGUAUCACCAUCACUGAAGCCUACAAAAGUAAGCUUCUCAAUUGCUGACAAACAGUCAACCACAUUUCGAAAGAUUAAUAUCAACUUGACCGGAACUGACCCCGCAAAGAUAGUGAGAGAUGCGCUGGAAUCAUGCGAAUUGAGCACAUCGGAGCUAAAGUUCAAAGACACAGGGAUUAGAAGCACACGAACUGGCUCCGGAGGUUUGGGAUUUACGACUAGUAAUGUGGAAGAGGACUUGUUGAGAUCGUAUCUGAAACGGAAAAAGGCGACAGUUAUCACAAAUCUCUAUGAUUCACUGACCAAUAAACGCGACGAGGCAAUGAGAAAAACAAGAGAAGCAAAGUCACUACUAGUUUCAAUAAAAGAUGACAUUUCCGAUUUAAAGUAUAGAACGCAAUUGAAAGAUGUGGUAUGGCAAAUGGCUUGGGAAGAGUCUCAUAUGCGAAGAUGUAUAUCCAAUGUCAACCGAAUGAUUGAUCAAGCAACUCCAGAAACAAGGACAGUUAUUGAAAAAGCGUUUUUCAAAAAUGUGCUCAGAUUUGGAAGAGGAUCAUUUAUUUGUUGCGAUGGCUCAAUUCAACUUGGAGCUGACCAUGUUCCUGAGCAAUGGGAAAACGUUUGUCAAGAAUAUCAAAUUCGAAAACGUCAAAUCCCAUUACUGAAAGAAACUGCCAAACAACUAGAACAAACGUUUGGAGGAGCACAAAUCCUAUUGCCUCAUUUCAAGGGUCUGGCUCAGACAUUGACUCAACUUCAAACUCUUACAGUUAGAGUUUGGAAAAAGGAAGCUCUCCUGAGAAGAGUGGAAGAUUCGGCUAAGAAUUCAAUGCUGGAGAUUGUGACGUCAUAUGAUGAACUUGCAAUCGGGCUUGACGGCAGACUAUACAUUCCGUGUAAUGUGGAUGUUCCAUCAUUAGUCCAAUUUUUGGAAGAAAACUCAAAAAAGGCAAUUGAAAUCAAUCAACAAAUGCAUCAUUUAAUUAACGAACUUGAAUUUGCCCGCGACGAGUGCAUCAAAGAGUUGAAACUGACCGGCCUGCGGUGGGAGCAAGCUUUCACACCUGAAGCCUUGAUCCAAUGUGUUUACCGGCUCACUCAUUGCUCGGACGAUGUAAGAAACCUGGUGUCCGGUCUUUCUAUUGUGAUUUCGGCGAGUCCAAGCAUAUAUGUCACCAGUGAUGGUACUCUCUCAAUUCCCCUGAACUGGUCUUAACGAAUCAAUAAGAUUUCGAUGUAGUUAAUUAGAUUUAAUAGUUGCAAAAGUUUUUCAUGAUAUGUGCUGGUAUAGUUGUAGCAUAAAUAUUUCAAUUUUAUUUUCAAAUAAGUAAUCACAUUAUUUUCGCAUCUUUAGUAAAUAAUUUGCAAUUUGAAACGAUGUUCAUUGAUUUUACUUCUCGUCUUUUGAUUUGUGCAUUUUUCACCGGUUAAUUUAUAAGAAUAAACUGAGUGAGACAGAA